AUGACGAGCUCGGCUCACUGCCCCGACCAAUCAGAUGAGAGCAACGCGACGUGUCGAGGAAUUCCUAGUUGCGACGAGCAAGUUGGCGAGACGUGUUUGAACAACGGUUCCUGCGUGUCCCAUCCUCGUACCACCAGUCGUGUGGCAUACCACAGCUGCAAGUGUACAUCAGGGUACACGGGCGAGUACUGUGAGGUACUAGCACCUACAACUACUGAACCACCCACUACAACUCUUGACCCAUCUACCACAACACUUGAAACGACCGCAGCUAUGACCACAAGUUCUGAUAUUUUGUCUACCGCGACUGAUGGAGUGAAUACACCGUUGUCUUCAUCUUCGUCAACAUUACAACAGCUACCGUCGGGAGGAAUGGGAACGGUGACUGAAACUACUCUUGCUUUCACGGACAGAAAAAGAACUACGACACCUUUUGAUGAUGGUUCUAUUACUACCGUUUCUACCCGUUCUCCAUCUGAUGUUACUGAAUCUCCAGAUUUACAAGACAUCACCAGUACAGCUGCCACAACUGCACCUACAACCACAGCGUCAUUAUCAACAUCAACGACACCAUCAACAUCAAUGAUAACAACGAUCUCCCAAACAACUGAUGUCGGGCAACCUCAAGUACCAACUACAAACUCUAACCCUUCCAGGAUCACGGUAAUAUCUUUGACAUCGCCAUCCGUAUCAACGUCACCAUCGGUUUCGACAUCAGAUGCGGAGGAAGACGUGUCAACCACUGCCUCGGAUGAGCCAUCGACAUCCUCAGAUGGUUUCACUGAUGAUGUGACCAGCACCACGACUACUGAUGUAUCCCUAGAGCCUACAGGAGAGGUCUCAUCGUCAUCGACCACAGUGGCCACGGUUACGUCGACCACACUCAUUACUACUACGUUGCUUUCUACAACAACCCUCCAAGAUACAAGAACUCCGAAUAAACUAUCAUUUGUUUGUGAUGAGGUGGAUCUUCCACUCUCUGUUGUGGAAUGUGCGACGCCCAAUGAGUGCAUCAUCAGCAUCUUCGUGUGUGAUGGGUUCUCUGACUGCAGUGAUGGAUCCGAUGAAAGUCCAGCGACGUGCCUUGGAGAACCUGCUUGUGACCAAGCACCAAAUGAUACGUGCGGAAAUGGAGGUACAUGCUUUUCGAAUCCCUCGACAAGCAAACGGGUUGCUCAUGUCACAUGCCUAUGUACACCUGGAUUUACGGGUGACAGAUGUCUCCAAGAAGCAGUUAUCACUACCACGCCAUCACCGCUGUUAUCAUCUACACUGUGGACCUCAACAUUGAUGUCAACUACCCCGUCCGAAAUGUCCACAGAUGAGGGUAGUUCUGCGACGGCGCUUGUAACACAGGAUACCGAAGGCACCCAACCUACCUUCCAGUCUUUAACAACAGAAAGAGACAUUACAGUACAAGGUGUCACGACCCGUGAUGUUAAGGUCUCUACGUCUACGUACCUCAUAUCAACUCCCGCCCUUCAGACAUUGAGCGAUUCUCCUGCCACAGAGGAGCUCACGAAUGGAAACACAGAGGGCAUGACAUCGUCAGCAGAUGGAACACUUGGGACUUCAUAUGUGACAAUCACUGAUGAAUCGACGAGCGAUGUCUACACCGCAAAUACAGCGACAGCAACGAUGUCUUCUAGGACCACGCAAGAUGUGCCCACAGACACAGAACCCGGUUCAGAUUCACCGGGCACACCUUUAGAUGUCAGCGAAAUUAUCACCAUUUCUCUUCCUUUGACUACAGACAUGGAAACUCCAACAUGGACACCAAUGUCCGCACCCUCUACAACUGAUAUACCAACAACUAAUGAAGAUGUCGAGCCGCUUGUGACUGCCAUGAUCACUGAUUAUGUUACAACGGAAUCUGAUGUUCCAAUGACAGUAUCAGUAACAGAGGUUAUCACUAUCAUGGUGUCUAAUAUUGAGGAGUUUACUACGAGCAACUCAGAUAUUACAGCUGUUGCAGAAUUGAGUACAGAAUCAAGUGUUGUUACUGGAGAGGUUUCAACCCAACUUACAUCUCUUAAAACAUCUGCUACGACUCUUGCCACUUUGGGACCUACUCAAACCAUCAAAGAUACGGAAGGAGAAAGUACAGAAACAGUAACUGUCCAAGGUGAAACCACAGAGUUAUCAACAACUGAUGAAACACAAUUAUCAACGGAUAAAUCGAGCAUGACUACUGGCGUAACAGAAGCAACGAGUAGUACGUCUGUCACUUCUGAAUCAUUCCCAACUAUGACUACAACCACCUUAGGGGACUCGCAUUCAUCAAUAGAUACCAUGACAUCUACCGGAUCCGAUUCCUUGACUUCCACAGAAGAUAACACGACUGGUGUUAUGAUUACCGAGGUCACGAUCGAAGGAACCGUAGCGUCAACCACUUCCUCAACCACCAUAAUCACAACACUCGACCUCGAAGAAACAACACAGCCGACAUCGGAAUGGAGUCCUACUACCGAUGGCUUCACGCCAAGUAUCACUUCAACUUACAAGACGACCCUCUCAACGGAAGAAGGACCAGAUUACCAAAGUACAACAAAUGAAGCCGCUAGUACUCAAAGUGAUACAACAACAAUAUCUACAGAAGGAUCGGAUUAUCCAAAGGCUACAACAACUGAAGCUACUAGUACUCAAAGUGAUACAACUACACUAUCUACAGAAGGAUCGGACUAUCCAAAGGAUACAACAACUGAAGCCACUAGUACUCAAAGUGAUGCGUCUUCUACCACCGUUCCGCGAGCACAUGAACCGACUGAAACCCAGGUCACCGAAUCCAUCAAAACGACAACCGAGGACACUGUCACACAUGCAGCUACAACUCUGAUGUCAGGACAUGAAACUACAGAUCACGCAGAAUUCCCUACAGCAUCGGUCAAGAUAUCGUCGACGUCACCAUCAUUGUCCACGUCAGCAGUAGAAACAACAAAGUCGCAGACAUCAAGUACCACUAGGGACGAAGACGAUGACCCGAGCACGCCUUCUGGAACAGCUGAAGGUCCAACCGUCAUCACUUCGAGGUUAGGGACCUCAAGGUCGUUUUCAACGACCAACACGUCAUCCACGACUACGGGGGAAAGACAAGCCUCGUCCGACAGUGUCGUGCUGAUAGUACUGUCGUCAAUAGCUGCCAUGAUCUUCUUCUUAGUCUUCUGCCUGGUCAUCUUCGGGUGUUGCAUCGCCAGGAAAUGGCGGGAAAGAAACUCCUAUCCGGAGGAUGAUCAAAUGCCACUAAGAUCCCAGCAAACAUAUUCCCGACAGAGUAAUCGAGGGAGGAAAUAUGGACGAGAUUAUUUAGAAAACAACAAGCCGAAUUUCGCCCAUCGCUUAAAUCAAUUCCAGUCGACCAAACUCGACAACGAAUCCGACAUUCACGACGAUUCCUCUCUCUACAUCCCGCCAUCGACCACGCUUUCGAUAAUCAACGACUACUUUGAACAAAUGCACGGUGUCUCCAACGACAGCUUCAAACCCGAUACUAAUGAAAAUGAUCUACGGUAUUUUAAUGAACCGCACGAUAAAGAAAAGGAUUUCGAAAGCGAGAGUUUUGAGAUGGGGUUUUUCCCGGAUACCGAGUACUGGAUGCCGUCGAGUGCCAGUGAAUUAGCGGAUACUCCGUAUUAUAUCACCGAUGAUGCACCUUUACCGGUUACUCAUGUCUAG